AUGCCGGACGUCCAGACAUAUCUUGUCGACCUCUCCAAACGCCUGUCACCCGCUCAAUGUGCUGUGGAAAUCCGAGCAUUGUACGGUUGCUACGCCAGCUCCUUAAGCGAAGCGUCGCAGCAUGGUGCGGACUCUAUGCUCCCGAAUGGUCACGGCACUCAAUCGCAAGCGGCAGCAGAUUCGGAACCUGUCUACGACGCCGACGCCGCGCUUGAUCAUCUCUCGCCCUCGACGGUCCUCGAAUGCACGGGUGUCGGGUCUUCAAUUAUCACUGCCGCCCACGCAAUCGCUCGAGCUGGUACGCUCAUGGUGGUUGGCGUGGGAGCUUCCAAGAUCAAUGAGAUACCAUUCAUGUAUCUGAGUCUGCGCGAGAUCAAGCUCAAGUUCAUCAAUCGCUACACUGAUACCUGGCCAGCGGGUAUGAACGCUAUGGCCGGAGAGGCAUUACUUCCGGCAAUGGACCAGCUUAUCACGGCGAGGUUCAAGUUGGAGGAUGCAGUCAAGGCGUUGGAGCUCGUAGGUGGGAGAAGAGACAAGCAGGGAGAUGGAGGUGGCGAGAGCGGCGUUGUUGUUAAGGUUAUGAUUAAAGACGACGUCGAGCUCUGA